CGGACGUUUUUCGGUGUUACUCCAGCAUCCUCUUAGCAUAACUGUGGUAAACACUUCUUUGUAGACUAAAAAUACCAACUCAAAGUGCGCAUUUCUACCUCAACAUGGCAGGGAAUUUCUGGCAGAGUUCUCACUAUUUACAGUGGGUGCUGGACAAACAAGACCUGAUGAAAGAGCGUCAGAAGGACCUCAAGUUCCUGACAGAGGAGGACUACUGGAAGCUGCAGAUCUUCUUUGCCAAUGUGAUUCAGGCUUUAGGAGAACAUCUGAAGCUGCGACAGCAGGUUAUCGCCACUGCCACAGUUUACUUCAAACGUUUCUAUGCCAGAUAUUCUCUGAAAAGUAUAGAUCCAGUGCUUAUGGCUCCCACCUGUGUUUUCCUGGCUUCUAAAGUGGAGGAAUUUGGGGUUGUGUCUAAUACCAGGCUGAUUUCUGCAGCAACAUCUGUGUUGAAAACAAGAUUUUCUUAUGCCUUUCCAAAGGAAUUCCCAUACAGAAUGAAUCAUAUAUUAGAAUGUGAGUUCUAUCUUUUGGAGUUGAUGGACUGCUGCUUGAUUGUAUACCACCCCUAUAGACCACUGCUGCAGUACGUGCAGGACAUGGGACAAGAGGACAUGCUGCUGCCUCUGGCCUGGCGAAUAGUGAACGACACAUACAGGACAGACCUGUGUCUGCUUUACCCUCCCUUCAUGAUCGCCCUGGCCUGCCUUCAUGUGGCGUGCGUGGUGCAGCAGAAAGAUGCCAGGCAGUGGUUCGCCGAGCUCUCAGUGGACAUGGAUAAAAUCCUGGAGAUCAUCCGUGUCAUUCUGAAGCUCUAUGACCAGUGGAAAAACUUUGAUGACAGGAAGGAGAUUGCUGCUGUUCUGAACAAGAUGCCAAAACCCAAACCACCUCCCAACAGUGAGAGCGACCAGAGCUCCAACGGGAACCAGAGCAACUCCUACAGCCAGUCUUAGCACAGCGUCCGUCUGAAUCCGUAAUGCUCAUGUAGAGAGGGGGAGAGUCUUUUACAACCAUCACACAGUGUAACCUUUGCAAUUCUUAGGGGGAAAAAAAAACAAAGAAAAAAAAAACAGAUUUGUUGGUGAUUCAUCACCAAUUGACAUCUGGUGAAACUCUGAUCUAUGUAGUCACUUCUCUGCUCAUUAUGGGUCCGUGGGAUUGAACCAGCAGCCCCUGAAACUGCUGCAGUGAACAGCCGAUCAUUGAGAAGGUCCCCGGGACAAAUGGACUCUUGAGACAAACUUAAAACUGAGGAACAGGCGGGGAGAGACCUGGUGUGAUGGUUCAGUAGAAACGUGUCAUUGUGAUGAUCCUGACAUCCUUGAACAACCCAGAGGAGCCAGUCUGUUCACACAAAAGCUCUGUGGGAUUUUACAAAACUUGAUCAAAAGGUGUGUGUGCGUGAGUGUGUGUGUGUGAGACAGUGAGUGACCAGUCUGGGUGGGUUUCUUCAUUCCUCAGGGUCUGCAGUUGUCUUCUCUGUAAAAUCAUGGUGUGUAGUGUGAGUCUGGGUGGAUGUGAAGGGGAUGCGCCUGCUGUCUGCUUGAUCUAAGAGCUGUGGCAGGAAAACUCCCAGGAGUGAGAAACGAGCGCUUUGAAUCCAGUUUACUGUUUUGAACCAUGACAACUCCACCUCCUCCCUCCCAUUCCUUGCUUCAUUUUUGUAAAUAGCCUUAUAAUUCUUUUCAUUAUAACUCUUCAUCUUUUGCAUUUUUGGCGUAAUCAUGAGCGGGUUCAGCUUUGUACUUGUGUUUGAGGUUAAAGUGCCCCUGUUUUUUGUUUUAUUUUCAUUCUCUAUCAUGAUUCCUUUUGCCUGCUGCAAAGCUUUUUAUUUUAUUGUAAUGUUUAAUCAGCUUUAGUUGUAGAAUCACAUGUAAAACCAUGGAUUUUCAUUUGAAUAUCUUUUGAGUAAACAUUGCAAUCAAUUCG